GCUUCAGUGGCAACCUGACUGGCACUCGCAUCUCUUUCCUACAUCCACACACCUCGCUCACGCAGUCUGUGUCCUUGAAGCGUUUAAACAUGAGUUACUCCGGCGACAUGUACACAAGCAGCUCGUACAGGAAGAUUUUUGGAGAUGCGCCACGACGCGUCACCAUAGGCAGCGGCAGCAGCAGCAGCCCGUCCCGGGUGACGGGUGGGUAUCGCUCCGGAUCCCAGCACCACCGCAGCUAUGCCGCUCCACCCUCCACGAUCACAUCUUCAAGUUACCGCACCAAACUUGGAUCUGGCCGCAGCGGCUUCCAGUACAUGCAGGACUCCGUGGACCUGACGCAGACAACGGCCAUCACCAACGAGCUGAAAAUCAUCCGCACCAACGAGAAGGAGCAGCUGCAGGGCCUCAACGACCGCUUCGUGACGUUCAUCGAGAAGGUGCACAACCUCGAGCAGCACAACAAAGUUCUGGGAGCCGAGGUGGCCCUGCUGCGCCAGCGGCACAACGAGCCGUCACGCCUGCACGACCUCUACGAGCAGGAGGUCCGCCAGCUGCGCGCGCGCGUCGAGGAGUUGACGCAUGAGAAGAGCCAGAUGCACCUGGACUGCGUACAGAUGAACGAGGCGGUCGAGCGUGUCAAGGAGAAGCUUGACGAGGAGACCCGGCUGCGAGAGGAGGCCGAGAGCAGCAUGAAGGGGUACCGCAAGGAUGUCGAUGAUGCCACUCUCUCCCGACUGGAGCUCGAGAAGAAAGUCGAGUCCUUGCUCGAUGAGAUCGCCUUCCUCAGGAAAGUGCACGAGGAGGAACUUCAGGAGCUGCAAGCUUCUCUUCAGGCCACACAGGUGUCGGUUGAGAUGGAUGUAAGUAAACCGGACCUCGCUGUGGCCUUAAAGGACAUCCGUGCCCAGUACGAGUCUCUCUCUUCCCAGAACCAGCAUCAGGCAGAGGAAUGGUACCGCUCCAAGUUUUUAACUGUGACGGAGGCGGCAGCCCGCAACAAUGAUACCCUGAAGCAGACCAAGGAUGAGCUGUCUGAGUACCGCCGACAGCUGCAGUCACGCACACUGGAGACCGAGGCCCUGAAAGCUCACAACGAGGCCUUAGAGAGACAACUGGCAGAGAUGGAGGACCGCCACAGUAAUGACAUUGGAGAGCUGCAGGAUACUAUUCAGCAGCUGGAAUCUGCUUUGCGCAGCACUAAAGGUGAAAUGUCUCGCCACUUACGUGAAUACCAGGACCUGCUGAAUGUCAAGAUGGCACUGGAUAUUGAGAUCGCUGCCUACAGGAAGCUGCUGGAAGGUGAAGAAUGCCGUCUAAGCUCUGUGGGCGGAGCCAUGAUGCAGUCCUCCUACUCUUAUCCGUCAAGCCGCACUUAUGCCCUGAGCACUUACAGGAAGAGUGGAGCCAAACCUGAGGAAGUGGAAGUGCAGGAAGAGGAGGAGGAGGAGGAGGAGGAGGAGGAGAAGGAAGAGGAAGGAGAGGAUGAGGGAGAGGAGGAGGCAGGAGAGGAAGGAGAGGAGGGAGAGGAAGGAGAAGAUGAGGAGGAGGAAGAACAAGACAUGAAAGAGAAGGAAAAGGGUGAUGAGAAGAAGGAAAAGGAAGAAAAGAUGAAGGACCAGAAGGAGCAGAAGGAACAGAAAGUGGUUGAAAAAGAAAUGGAGAAAGAGAAGGAGAAGAAGAGUGAUAGCAAGGGCGAUAGCAGUAAGGCAGAUAGCAAGAGUGAGAAGGAGGACAGUUACAAGGGCGAAAAAGCCCCUGCCAUCAAGAGCAAGUAAUGCUGCCUACCAUCAAUGCUCCCGCCACCGCUGCUCAUCACUCACACAUCUCUCUGGACCCCUCUGUUUCCUCUUUUCCUCUCUUUCCCUUUGCCACAUUCACACAAACACAAAAACUCACAUAUACGAACACAACGCCACCAAACAAACAUCCUCUACUCAUCUUCACUUUCAUUUCACUAUGUAUGGCUGAUCACAGUUGCUGAUGAGUAAUGCAGAGCAGCAUUAGACAGGUUUAAACAAAUGUAAUUGUUUCCUUUGCAGGAAAGGAAUGAGUUAGAAAUUAAAAUGAAGGUUUGGGUAUUUUUCUGUAUCCAGGCAGAAGAAGAGGAGAAAGUAAAGACAGCAAUGGGCCUAGUCAUACCUAGGCUGUGUCCAAGAUCUGAAAGAUGCUGCCUUUGGAAUCAGUAUACAUUGUAAAAAUGACAAGAUGCUGCCUUUGGAAUCAGUAUACAUUGUAAAAAUGACUGGUGGCACCAUUUAGGGUUCCUCGCCACACUUGCAGAAAGACUGAUGUCACUGUGAAUUCGGCGACAGUGGGUCAAAAGUUCUUGUGCUUAAAUCGGUCUAUGCUUACCAGAAUUCAAAGCACUGCCCCCCGUGGCCAAAUCUGGAAGUGUUGUUGAACGUAUGAGCAUGUGUGAGCUCCAGUUUACAGGUGAAAUGUAAACACAGAGUGGCCCCAAAAUCAAGUUAUUUUUAGUUGUAAAUUAUGCAAUACGUUCAACACAAAUGCAUAUUUUAUUAACCAUAUGCCCAAACCACAACCCUAAACCAAACCGUAAGUGGAGUAAAAAUGUAAUCUUAGAGGGAAAAUGCAACCUCCGAAUCGCUCUCACUUUUUCCCCCGACAUGGUUCGGGGGCAGGUUCCUGGGCCAGUGUGAAUUCUCGAAUUGUUCAGCAUGAUUCCACUGAAAAAACAGGCAGUUCUAGUUUGGAAAAUCUAGAUUCGCACCGGCCCCAAAAGCUUGUUGUCUCUUCAGAGGAACCGAUUAUGAGGGUGUGAUUAUGUUCCGUCACCAGGUAGUUAUCCAAAGUACAGUAGCUACCAUCUGCAGCAAGGUGUACUUUUUCUCUCAAUAACAACAAUAAAAAAAAAUGUCAGACAUCAAAAGUGAAAAAGUGAAACGUGGAGCAAACAAGCGCUCUAUUGUGAUAUGGUCUUCUACGGAUCAAAGAUAGACUAGAGAGAUCACAAAGGAAAAUGUCUACAAGGACAUACAGCAAGAAACACAGGCUUCAACCGGAUGGUUGACCAAAUCAUAAACAAAUUGAAAACUUUAAAGAGAGUAGAGGGAGCAUGCCAAAACAAAAGCAGCAGUGAAAGGAAGCAAUGAUGUCUUGGACUCUGUGCUCGGACACCGACCAUCCAGCUAACUAACCUGGGCUUUGAAUUCAAUCAGUCACACUUGAGAUAAACACAGAAGUCACAUAAAACUACCAGUAGCCACGUAACCCGUUAUGUCCCCAUUUGGCUCUCAAGUCAUCGGAAAAGCGUGGCCUGUUUACGAUAGGCUCCAGUUUACCCCAGCCAUGAACAAGCCGAGAACAGGUUCGGCUCGAGAACCAUCACAACUUUGGUAGAAAAGGGCAAACUGUGAACACGAUUACUUCCUGAUUGCCAUGAGACUAGGACCCAUGUCCCUGAAGGUGCAUUUGAAUUGAUGCAAAAAAUGUCUGAUGGAAGAUGCCACUUGUCAGUAACUCUGGGAUGAUUUCAGGGUACUGGAACAUUUGGUAGCAACAUGUCAAUUUCUCAUGCGAUCAUGUUGCUGCUGAACUCUUUGGGGAAACUUAAGAUACCCUUUUAAAAAAUACAGUUCUCUGAGGAACAUAACGAAAUCCAUAUGUUUGUGCAAAAACUCAAAAGGUUCCUCCAUUAAUCACAUCGUUCCUAGAGUAAAAAGUAGGAGAUCUUAAUGUUCCCCAAAGGAUUCUGCCAGUGUGGCAACCUGAAGAACCCCAAAUAGUGUCACUUUUUAUUAUAUUUUUAUUUUACAGAUUAAAGAAGACACCAAGGCACAGCCAAAUCCAAAUCCAAAUAUUUUGCAAAACAAUCUAUCUACUGUACAAAGAUGUCUUACUCUAGUCGCUUCCUGAAGGCAUCAUAGAUUCCACAAUCCUGUGCGUGCAGUUCAGUGAUUGUUGGAGAAGAAAAGUGAUUGAAUGAAGUAAAUUCAUUCAUAGAUGUCAAUUAUAUCAUUCAAUAUCAUUUCAUCAACUUAUGAUUCAAUUUAUAAUAUUCCAUGAAUAUUUACUUGGUUAUGUCUAAAACUCACUUGAAUUUGUUCAAGAUGACAUAACAUGACGCUAUGAUGCCUUGGAUGAUGGUCUGAAAUCAGUUUCUUUAGGGGGUACCUUCAUACAAAAACAUUGUCUAUUAAGUCAUUGACUGGCUGGGCAGCAAAGCAGCUUCCUUGGAUUUUGGACACAGCCCUUGUGUUCACGUGCCAUUAUUACCAAAAGUGAAGGAUGGGACAAAGGAAUGUGAUGCCUUGCAAGCUAAAUGAAAGGCCUCUUGUGCAAAACGGACCAUGUUUGCUGGUUCCAACCUCUCGGUGCUACAAAAAGGAAGAGGUAAUUGUCCGUAAAGAAGCCGCAUUAUCUAGAGCUUCACUCAAGUCCUGAAUGUACGUCACUAGCCAAGCACAGGGACAGGCCAUGUCUCCUAUUUUUCCCAACGAUAUUAUGGCUUCUAUACCCACAUGAACGUAAUUAUCCAAGCUCAUAUCAUUGAUUCGCUAGAAUGGUUUAAUUCACCUUUUCAUGCUCAGCAUGCAUCAUUUUCAAGUUAAACGCUAGUUUCUCUAGUUCAUCCGUGACCGUCCAUACAAUCAUUUUUCAGUUCAUCUAUUUGAUAUAUCUGUUUUCCUUAAUUUCACUUAUCACAGCAUGGCAAGCGUGGCAGCAUGAAGUUCAACGAGGUGAAAGAGAUAAAAGAUCACAUUUAUUAAAAUAAAUAGGGAGGUUUCAAAGUUUAGAUUUGGGAGAGAGAAGUGCAUUGUGCAUCUGUAGUAUGGGAUGAUUCCUCUGCAUUUAAGCAUUUAGAGAUGUCAGUGCUUUUAGAGGCAAUAGCUGCUAAGAACCCUCUAUUCCCUCCUAUGUUUAUAAAAUACCUCCUCUUGAUUUAUUCAUAUAUAACGCAGCAGAUCUCACUCUUUAUAAGUAAAUCUUUCUCUCCCUCUGUCUUUUUCUCUCAAAUGUUCUGCCUCUUUACAGUCAGUGACAUGGCUUCCUUCAAGAAAGCUGGAAUAGUUUCCUGUGUCUAGCCAUGUCCUUUUGUUCUUCUGCUUACAAAUGGUUUUAUUUUACGAAAGCAUGUCCAGGUCAAAUUUCACAUGAAAAUCUCAAGAAAACAGUAAAUGCUACUUUGCAUAAAGAAAAUGAAUCAUAUUUUGAAAGGCAAUUAAAUGGUAUGCAUUGUGACAUUAUUUUAAUUCAAAUUAAAAAUAUUUUACCACCAAAUUUCCAGUGCCGUAAUGCAUCAAGUGUUUGAACUUUUUGUUAUUUUACUCUUAGAAUGACAUUUUUUUCAAAAUAAGUUCACGUUAAAAAAAAACGAAUCUUACAUGGUUCUAAAAUGGGCUUCAUCUUCUUCUUACUUUUGAUUUUGUGUUGAAAUAUGAUCUGAACAUGUUACUGACCCAAAUAUAUAUUGAGAAAGAGAAAGCAUGGCUAUGAGUCUUUGUACAUGUGUGUUUUAUGUUUGUGUUUUUUCUUUGUAUCAGUGAACAUGCGUGUGUAUGAUAUAGAACGCUUUCAGGCAUGUAAUUUAUAAGCACAUGUAAUACUGAGGUCUUUCUGAGGCAGUGUAAAUGCUCAUAAUGCAGCUGGUAGUGACAGGUACAGCUCUUUUCUCUCCCUGCAGGUGACAGGCAGGCCAUAGAGAAGGCAGAGGGGUCACAGACAUUCACACCUACGGCCAUAGUGAAGCGCUAUUGCCGCCACAUUAUUCCCCAUAAGAUAAGCAUCAGUUCAGACAACUAUCUAAACAACCGCAAUGCAGGAGGCAAAUGAGUAUAAGCAACUUAAAUAUUAAGUGUUUGUGUUACAUUAUACAAAUUCAGAUUUAUUUACAGUUGUCAAAAUGCCUCUGGAUUUCCACAUGAAUUGUGGCUAAAAUGUGAUCUGAUCUAUGUCAUAAUACACAAUAACCUUAUUACUUUGCUAUAUUUUACUGAAUAAUUGGUUUCCAUAUCAACAUCAUAGAUGGAAAAAAUGGAACCAGUUUGGAGAUAUUGUGGCAUAUUAAUGCAAAACUAUUUUCAAACACUCGUGUUCAGUGAUUUUCUCAUGCUCGCCUCAAAUCUCUUGAUUUGGCCAUAUUUCACUUGUUAGACUCACCGCAAUAGGACUGUGCAAGAAGGCAAACCAAGUCAUCUCAAACAUGCAUUAAUUGGAUCUAAUAUCUCUGAUAACCCUCUUUUCAAGAGCUCAUUAUCCUUGAGUACAUGCUUUUUCAAUCAAUGCCCUCAGUUUGGUCAAUAAAUAUAUAGCAAUAUAAAAUAUUACAUGUUGUUUGUUAUAUAAGACUGGCUGGAUCAGAUCACAGUUCAGGAGCAGUUCUAGUAAAAAGGAUAAUACCAAAGGUUCCUCAACUGUUUUCUGAUAUAUAGAUGAAUAAUUGGCAUCAGUUUAGACUGACGGUGACAGUGGGAGCAAGCUAGUUUACUACAGGAUUUUGCCUUUUGUAGUUUCCUUUGGGAAAGUGAACUGUUGGCUUCAGACAAACUGCACUAAAAUCUGGGGCCGAAUUUACUUAAAUCUUCUUAAGAAAGAAAAAUAAAGUUCUUAGGAUACAUUUUAAGAAGUUGGUAAGAAGGUAUCUAGCUAUGAAUGUUGAUGUUUAAUAAAAAUUAACAUCCUUAAGUCUUUUUCAGAAUACAAAAUAUUAAAAAAUAAGACGAAAUCAAAUUUUAUUCUUAAGAAUGUUUCUUCAAUUCAGCCCCUGAUCCAAGAGAGUAGGACAGAUGGGGAGAGUAAGACUUCAAAUAAACGGGACAAAAUAGAUGUAUCCAUGUAGCCAAUUUUUCAUCUGUUGUGGUGUUAAAACAUGAAAUGAAUGAAUCAAGAGGAGUUUAAAUUUGCAUGGCCUGAUUCACUUGGAGCUUAACAAUAUGAGGGGAUGGGAUAGAUUUGCUGGAUGUGUGUAUAAAAUGUUCGUAAUUGCCUUAAUCGUGACUGCUUUAAAGAGUCCUCACAUUUCCUGCAUCUCGACACUGUAUCAGAGAUGGUUGGAGGAAAGCUGACACUAACUGUAUGGCUGCUAACUGAUACAGUAAUAUUCCCCUGAAGCCAAAUAAAGCCAUUUAUCAAUCAAA